UCGGUAAAAUAGGGCACAGCGGAUAGAGAGAGACGGACAUAGUGAAUUAAGUCAGUUAGAAAGAGAAAGACAAUCUUGGGUAAAGACAGGAAAUUAUCGGCCAUUUCGUUUCCUUUUCGUCCGUACACGGCGUAAAUAGUUUUAUCAAAUAUGACGAACUCAAAGGGUUACCGCAGAGGAACCAGGGACUUGUUCUCCCGCAAGUUCAAAAAGAGCGGAGUCAUCCCUCUUUCCACUUACAUGAAAGUCUACAAGGCUGGUGACAUUGUAGACAUCAAAGGAAACGGUGCCGUACAAAAAGGUAUGCCCUACAAAGUGUACCACGGCAAAACUGGACGUGUAUUCAAUGUGACUGCCCACGCUUUGGGAGUGAUCGUAAACAAGAGGGUCCGCGGAAAGAUCCUACCCAAGAGAAUCAACAUCCGUAUUGAGCACGUAACUCAUUCCAAGUGCAGGGAAGAUUUCUUGAACCGCGUCAAGCAGAACGAGAAACUCCGCAAGGAAGCUAAGGAAAAGAAAGUGAAAAUUUCCUUGAAAAGACAACCUUCUCAACCUAGGCCUGGACACAUCGUCAGUGGUAAAAACCCAGCCAUCCAACUGGCACCCAUACCAUAUGAAUUCAUUGCUUAAGUUGUAAGGUUAUUUCUUAAAUAAAGUCACAAAAAAUAUA